AUGGAGGAUAGGAAGCGGAAGAUAUGGAUCAUACAGUGCUUUUUGUCGUUAUCUAUAGGUUGCUUCGUUUCUCAGCUCAAUGCUUCAAACGACGUGAAAUUCUACGAGUCAUUUGAUCAUACAUUGGAGGGGAGCUGGGUUGUGUCCGAGAAAGAGGAUUAUAAAGGUGUGUGGAAACAUGCCAAGAGUGAGGGGCAUGAUGAUUAUGGGCUUCUUGUAAAUGAGAAGGCUAAGAAGCAUGCCAUUGUGAAGGAAGUUGAUGAGCUUAUUAACCUCAAGGAUGAUGCUGGGUGGACUCCUAAGGAAUUUGAUAAUGAGUCUCCAUACACAAUAAUGUUUGGGCCCGAUAAAUGUGGGGCCACGAACAAGGUUCACUUCAUCUUGAAGCACAAGAACCCCAAGAGUGGAAAGUAUAUUGAACACCACCUCAAGUUUCCUCCGUCGGUGCAUUCUGACAAAUUAACUCAUGUUUAUACUGCAAUUUUGAAACCAGAUAAUGAGUUGUGUAUAUUGAUUGAUGGGGAAGAAAAGAAGGCGGCUAACUUUCUCUCCAAUGAUGAUUUUGAGCCGCCACUCAUCCCUCCCAAGACAAUUCCUGACCCAGAUGAUAAGAAGCCCGAGGAUUGGGAUGAGAGGGCAAAAAUUCCAGACCCAGAUGCAAAGAAAUCGGAUGACUGGGAUGAGGAUGCUCCACUGGACAUUGAAGAUGAGGAUGUUGUGAAGCCUGAGGGAUGGUUGGAUGAUGAGCCUGAGGAGAUCGUUGAUCCCGAGGCAACAAGACCCGAAGAUUGGGAUGAGGAGGAGAAUGGUGAAUGGGAGGCUCCAAAGAUUGAUAACCCCAAAUGUGAAGAGGCACUUGGAUGUGGGGAGUGGAAGAGGCCAAUGAAAAGGAAUCCUGCAUACAAGGGGAAAUGGCAUGCUCCCCUUGUUGAAAAUCCCAACUACAAGGGUAUUUGGAAGCCCCAGCUAAUUGGAAACCCUGAAUACUUCGAGUUUGAGAAACCAAAUUUUGAGCCGAUUGCGGCUAUCGGCAUUGAAAUUUGGACAAUGCAGGAUGGUAUACUGUUUGACAAUCUUUUAAUAGCCUCUGAUGAAAAAGUUGCACAAACCUACCGAGAGACUACAUGGAAGCCGAAAUUUGAAGCAGAGAGAGACAGAAUGCUGAGGAAUCUGCCGUUUCAGAUGAAACCAGUGUUUGACUGUCUUUACAAGAUUGCGGAUCUUCCCUUCUUGGGUGAUCACAAGACCAAAGUUUUGGAUAUUCUUGAGAAUGCUGAGAAGCAGCCAAACCUUACAAUUGGUAUAGUUGCAUCCAUUGUAGUUGUUAUCUUCACAGUGUUGUUGAAGGUCAUCUUUGGUGGGAAGAAGAAGCUUGCUAAAGUUAGAUCAGAGACAGAGAAAACAGAUACAACUGAAACCUCAAAUAACCAGGGAACUACUGAGGAGAAGGAAGACAAGAAAGAGGACACUGCUGCUGCUGCUCGUCGGAGGAACACCAGACGCGACAAUUAG